AUGUCUAUUAACCAACUCAACAUUGGGCAUCUCAAGAAACUAAUAAAGGAAAGAGCCAAUAAUGCUAAUAAACUGAGGCUAUGGAAGGUUGAAGUUGCUGAUUCUCAAAAAAUACUUAAAAUGAAUACCGAAAUUGACAUUAAACGAGAACUCAGCGGUGAGGAGUUGAAACCAUCUACGAAGUUUAUAACGGUUUUUCUAGACGAAUAUAAACCUCCAGAUGAUACCAUUCAUGUCAUCGUACAACCGCCUGCCAUCACUGGUGAAAGACAGAAUAUUAUCACUAAAUUCGUGGAAAACAACCAUGUUAGUCUUUUGCGCACUCCUCCAUCGCCAGGCAAGACUACUCUCGGUCAGAUGCUCCGAGACUAUUUCAUUGAAUACAACCAUAUUGAUAUAUACAUUAGUCUUGCUGGUAUAAGUGGUAAAGAGCAAGUAGAUGAGAAACUCUUUGAAGAGUUCUGGAAGAACAAA